AUGUGCGCCCUCGGAGAGAGCCAUUUUUUUGGUCGGACUGAUAUGGAAGGCCGUGACUUCCACGGUCACCACUUCACUAACUUCUACGUCACCACCACCGUACAGUCCAGACGGAACUUCAGAAUCAUCAUGGAAGCGUUCACACUUUAUUUUUUGUCUAUGGAAAUUGUCAUCCUUACACACCGUCAAAUAACGAAUCAGAAUCAUUUUGCCCAUGGAUAUGCUUUUGAAAUCAUCAUAUCAGCCUUUGGCGUAGGUAUCGUAAUGCAGAUGGUUUUGUUAUUAAAAGACUUUCCAACAGGAGUUAUAUAUGAAUGCAUGAACGAAUGGCACAAACUUCAACUCUUUUUGCAUUUUGGAGGGUUUUUUUCAACAUCAAUGGGCAUUAUCGCUAUGGCAGUUUCAGAAACUACUGUUGAAGAACACGAAUUUACUGUCACAGUGGCUGCUUUAGUGACGUCAAUAAUUAACGCAACUUGGUACACCAUUUCCAAAAUCUACGAAAAAGCAGUAACUUUAUCUGUUCCCGCUAUAACCGUAACCGACACGGGUAAAGAAGAGACUACAGUGCUGGAGGGGCCAUUCAGCGUCAGAGCGUGGCUACAGACUCCGAGGCACAGACGACAAGACGACCAUUUCCUGGUGGCACCGGAUAUGACGGGAUCUCGGCCUAUGCAUAAGGAAGGCAGUCAGUUUAUUCGAGUACCAUCAGAAAUGUUGCUAGAACAAGCUGUGAAUCGCGAGAGGUAUCGAGAAGAGAUGUCGAGCCUUUUUGUCUGUGAAAUAUCAAAGGGAUAA